UCUCGCUCUGCCGCCGCCGUGGUGAACGUUGCUAAGCGACCACGCGCAAACAUUCGCUCCCCCAUCAACAACAACCACCACCACCACACCAUCCACAUAGCGCACAGUCUAAACUCGUUGUUGUUUCUACUCGUUGUUGUUGUUGCCGUAACAUACCCGGCUACAUCUGCGAGGUGCUUGGUAAUCCGUGUAUUAAUUAAUAGGCUUACAUUUGAAGUUUAAAAGCCGCAUUACUUCGUCGGCGCAGCCAUUCGUGGCGAUGGCGAUGUCACCUGGAGGAGGAAUGAAGGAGGCUCUGGUCUCAACAAGAGCGCCGGACCACGGCUCCCUGUCUCUCCCUCCUCCGGGUCGCAGCCUGCCGAACCUGGGUCACGACCUCAACCAGGUGAUCGUGCUGCCCCGAGCGGAGUGGGAGCGCAUCGAGCGCAGCCUGAAGAGACGCGAGAUCCAGGAGGAGAUGGAACGCGCCUCCCGGGAAGAGAGGGCAGCCAUGCUCGCUCGCUCGAAAGAGAUAACCCAAAAGUGGACCAACACUCUGGAGGCUCAGCGGGAGCAGAAGCUGGCGGCGUUUACGCUGCGGAAGGAGCAAGAGGAGGAAGCACGGAAGCGCCUGGACGUGGAGGAAGCGAAGUUCCAGGCAGAGCAGCGGCGCAAGGCCCUGGAGCGGGCACGCACGCUGCAGUACCACCAGACGGAGCGAGUCCGCGGCUUCCAUAGCGCCCUGCAGCUCACGGAGACGCUGAAGGAGCGGGAGGCGCAGCUGGAGCUGAAGGGUCGGGUGGAGUCGGCGCGCCGCUCCCGGGAGCGCGACUGGGUGCAGGCGUCGAGCCGCGAGCGCGAAGAGGCGCAGCGCGAGGAGGAACGCUGUGCCGCCGAGAGGGCCGAGGUGGCGGCGCGCAUCGCGGAGGCUCAGAGGCAGCAGGUGGAGGAGCAGCGACGCGAGGUGGAGCGAGCCCUGAUGGAGGCGCGAGAGGAAACACGCGAGGUGGAGCGACUCGCUCGCGCUCACAUGUGGGAGCAGCGCGUCGUGCGCGAGUUACGCGAGCGCGACAAGAAGGACAUCAUGAAGGCACACAGGGAACACAUGGCUGAUAAAGAGAGGCUGAGAGCGAAGGAGCAAGAGCGCCAGGCGGAGGAGGACAAGCGAAUUCGCGUUCACUCUGCAGCCAAGCACAAGAUAAACCUGCUGAAGCGAAAAAAGGAGGAAGAGAUACUACGGGAGCAGCUGGCGCAGCGGGAGCGCGCUACCGAGCUGCUAGCGGCACACAUUCAGCAACGCGUGAACAACGAAGACGAGCGGGUGGCACGCGCCGUGGCCGAGCAGGACGCGCAUCACGAGCAGGAGCAGCGCAAGAAGGACGAGAGGGCGCAGGCAGCACGGCUCUCCAUCGCCCAGCACCGGCAGCAGACGAUGAAGGAGAAGGCAGCUGAGCAGCGCGCCGAGCGGCAGCGUGCGCUGGAAGAGCUGCGCGCCCGCACGGAGGCCGACCUCCUGUUUGCCGAGAGCCAGCGGCUCAAGGAGCAGCACCUGGCGGAGGAGUCGCGCCAGCUCAAAGACGUGCACGUGGAGCAAAUGACCCGGCGCCGUGCGGCGGAGGAGGCAGCGCGGCGCGAGAGCCGGUCCCGCGAGCGGCGCGACGCCGAGCUUGCUUCCGAGGAGGAACGACGCUUCCAGGAGUACGCGCUGCGCGUCAUUGACGCGGCGCGCACCGGCGGCCGCAACCCCCUGCCGCUGGUCCGAGCGGCCGCCGCGGGGGGACAGGGCCCCCCGCUGCCCGGGCGCGGCGCCAUUCGUGCCGACGCGCAGGAGGUGAAGGAGCUCUACAGCAGUGGAGACGUGGCACAGGACAAGAAGAGGCUAGGCUUCGUGUGGUAGGGGUUGGGGAGGUGGGCGAUGUCCACGCUGUCCACAAUGUCCACUCUGAGCCCGCGUAAAGCUGCACUCAUUCGGUGUCGGGAGUGAGACGAUCGCUCGUUAAGACGUGUCAUGGGCACUGGGACCGCACGGGUUGGGUUCAGUGGCCGUUAAUACAAAAUUCAUGAAGUGAACGUUCCUUUCGUGUUAUGCUCCUUUUACGAGCCAAAGGGAAAAUUAACACUUGAGGUGUUUUAUGGAAUCAGCCACUGGGUUUGAAUUCAGCCGGACCACCCAUGAUUUUACUAGAUUUUUCACGUGUGGCGAGUUGAUGGUCUCAGCCCAUUCGCUGAGUAAUAAAGUAAAAUAAAAUUAGAAUCUGUGCCAUUUGGUUAAAUUCAAUGCUCGGGGAUAAAAAUGUAUGAAGUCAAAAAUAAUAACUGAAUAUCGAGUGGCAAACCAUGAUUCACAGAGCAUGAAGUGGUCUCACUGAGAGUCCAUAGAAAUAGUCAGAGGGCGACGUGUGGUCUUCCAGGGACGUUCGUUGAAGUGAUGUGAUGCAGGGCUUAGGAGCUCAGCAUAAAUACUUGUUCACCUAAUGACCACAUUACUCCCAACAGCCCCUCCCUACCCUCCCCUCUCCACCCAGCCCCACCCCUCCCACGUGGACAGAUAUCCACAGAGAUACACAAUUAAUCCCCUGCCUCCUGUGAAUUAAUCCCGGUUGGGCUUCCAGUCCACUCGUUUCCUACCAGUAAAAGUCUAAUUGGGAUAUUAUUUGUCUGCGAAUGCGAUUUUCACCGAGAUGUAAUUAUUUGUUGCAGGACACUUGCAAAACUGUAUUUAAUGUCAGUUUGCUGGACAAUUCUUAGACAAAUUGGUUAUUUCGGUAGGCUUAUUUUAAAAUGAAGUGUACGGGUGAGACAUCACGGCUCACAAAGCAUCUCAUUGUAUUCACGGUUGAGGCACGCUUUGUCGCACUGUACGGUGUGGGGUGGUGAGACACGGCCUGUCUGGCUCUCAUAGCAAGAUACAAGAGUAAAAAAAAACUUCAAAUGGUUCAAAAAAACAAUCCUGAUGGGAGUGCAUGAACCAAACAAAUCAAAUAUUUUUUCCUUUAAUGGUCGUGUGCAAAGUCUGCUUGUCUAAUAAACACAUCAAUAACAAUGCAAGUCUUGUGAUAUCAGAUGAACGCAUUGUUUUAAUGUGCAGAAAUAUGGCUUGAUUGCUCUUUAAACCAAGUUAAAUAAUCGCCUUGUGAACGUUCCAUACGAAGAUGCCACCCACGUGCCAAAUACGGUAUUGUGGUGUGGUAAAGUAUGACCAUGGACAAACUUUUGUAGUUAAGCAACCGGUUGAUGUCUGGUUCAUCCAUGCGUGGAUUAAAAGGCUGCAUUUGAAAAAAUAUAUUUACCCAGUUCUUACUGUGUAUAUCAAAUGGAUCUGAACACCUGAUUCCACAUACUGUUAUACGGUACUUAUUUAAUGAGAGAGCGCCAUCCAGGGGGUACCAGAGGGUAACGGGUCCGGGCACCAUGAUGUCAUCGGCAUCGAAUCCUAAGGGGGGAUAUGAUCGGGCCAGAGAGGACGGGCGGGGUUGCUGAGAGAGGUUCGGGAACCCUCGAGGUUCCCCGAGGGGGUGUGACCAGAGGUGGGGCUCAGCUCCGCCGAGUCGGAUAUAAGGGGGGUCAGAGCAAGGCUCGAGGUCGGUGUGGGAAGCCUCUGGGUUCUGGACCGUGUUGCUGUUCAUCUCCUCGCCACGGGCCGCGUGGCGCAUCCUUGCUCGGAGCUCACCCCCGCUUCCAGCGCGCCGUCAGCCAGCGGCGAGGCUGGGAGAGCGGAGUGAGCCUCGUGUGAGCUCGGAGAGAGUAGAGGAGGGACGACGCCUCGUCCGCGGGGUUGGAAGAGGGAAACCACCGGAGAGGAAAAUGCGAAGCCGUGCGCUGUGCCAUCGUAAAAUAAAGCACCAAACAAGUAUCGUCGUGGAAGUCCUUUAUUACACUUAGGCAACCGUGACUGAUGUAAAUUUUAUUUCAGAAGGAUUAGAGAGCUGACAUUUGGCACAACUGCAGUCGAGUCUAUACUUAGAACAAUAAAAAAAAACAAAUGUUCUCAUUUGGAUUUAGAAAAAUUAUGGCUUGGGAGAUUAAUUGGUUUCACUCAGAACAGGUUCAAACUCAAGUUAUGAACAGCUUCAUGUCUCGUACAAAAAAACUAAA